GUUGCCAACUGACAACACCCAACCAAAAACCGCCAACAGGCGCACGAACGGGCUGCAAACGGAAAGGGAAACGGAAAGCUCUGCUCGCAUGGACGACUCCGCAGCGGCGGCGGCGGCGCCGGCGCCAGUGCUGCUGGUGACGAACGACGACGGCAUCGACGCGCCGGGGCUCCGCUUCCUCGUCGACCAACUCGUCGCCGCGCGGCGCUACCGCGUCCUCGUCUGCGCGCCCGACUCAGACAAAUCGGGUGUUAGCCACUGCAUCACAUGGUGGAAUGCACUCUGCUGUAAACGUGUUGAUAUAAGUGGUGCUACAGCAUUUGGAGUUUCAGGAACUCCUGCUGACUGCGCCUCUUUAGGCAUCUCUGGGAAGCUCUUUGAUGGUGUGGUUCCUGAUCUGGUACUUAGUGGAAUCAACAUUGGAAACAAUUGUGGAUACCACGUCAUUUAUUCUGGAACAGUUGCUGGUGCUAGGGAGGCAUUUUUAUAUGGGAUUCCUGCAAUAGCUAUGUCAUAUGAUUGGGUUGCGGGUCAGAGCAGUGUCAAUGACCUCAAGGUGUCUGUAGAGGUCUGUAUGCCUCUGAUAAAUACCAUCGUGACUGAGAUCAAGAAUGGAACAUAUCCCCAAGGAUCAUUCUUGAAUGUAGAUGUACCAACAGAUGCUGCACACCACAAGGGGUAUAAAAUUACGAAACAAGGAAAAUAUAUGGCAGCCAGAGUUAGUUGGGAGCAAACUGUUUACAAGAAGCCUGCUGUAGAAAGUUACCAGACAGCAAACAUUGAUGUUGAUGAUGAAAAGGACAGUGAACUAGUCACUCCAGCAGAGAAUGACCUACUUUUUAAGAGAGUGAUUGUAGAAAAAUUUUCUGAUGAAGUGGAAGGAGAGGAGGACACGGACCGCAAGUCCCUAGUUGAUGGAUACAUUACUGUUACUCCUUUGGGCGCUCUUUCCCGCAUGGAUCCAGAUGCCAUACCCUACCUCAAAGCUUGCGUGUCACGCCUGGAUACUUACCAGGCCGGCCCGACAGACAGAACCUGCUGAUGCAAUCGCCGGCGGUGUUGCGAAUAAAUCCACAUCGAUUUGAGGCAUUCUGUUUAUUGCUAAUGAUGCACUGCCGCACUAUGUAGUACAGUAUCUGUGGUGUUCAUAACUCCGUGUUUUCAAAACUGUGGUAUUCAUUGGUCUUGUAUUUCUAUGGUUCCUCUUUGUAGCGAUUAUAAUAGCUUGUCAUUAUAGCCCCUCUGCGGAAGUUACUGUCAGUUUUUACCAAUCCAGGAUGCGUAGCUCGGGAAUAA